AUGGGGAGGACGCUGGACGUGCUGCUGGGCCGGACCACGAAGCAGACGGCGCGCCUCAAAUCCCUCCUCGGCCUCGCCACCAAGCGGAUCACCGUGGUCCGCGCGCACCGGCAGGUGCGCCUGGCGCAGGCGCGCGGCGACGUGGAGCAGCUGCUCCGGCUGGGCCACCCGGACCGCGCGCUGGCCCGCGCCGACCAGGUCCUCCGCGAGCAAGACAUGCUCGACGUCCUCGACACGCUCGACUCCUACUGCACCCUCCUCGCCGACCGGGCCGCGCUCGUCGACGCGCAGCGCGAGUGCCCCGACGAGCUGCGGGAGGCGGCGGCGGGGCUGGUCUACGCGGCCGCCAGGCUCGGCGACCUCCCCGAGCUGCAGGAGGUGCGCGCGCUCCUCGCCGCGAAAUUCGGCAGGGGGUUCGUGGCCGCGGCAGCUGAGCUGCGCAGCGGGUGCGGGAUCGAUACCAAGGUCGUGCAGAAGCUGUCGACCAAGCAGCCGAGCCUGGAGAGCAGACAGAUGGUGCUGGUUGAGAUCGGCGCCGAGAAGGAGAUCCCCGUCCGCCUCCACGACCCCUCUUACCACCAGGAGCCCGUCAUCUCCAACCACCACAGCCACAAGAGCAACGACCAGCACGACGAGAUGCCCCGCGCCACGCCGCGAGCCGACAACGACGACGACAUCUCUGCACACGCGCCGCUGGCGUUCAAGGACGUGGAAGCGGCCGCGCAGGCCGCGUUCGAGUCGGCCGCCACGGCGGCCGCUGCCGCCAAAGCCGCCAUCGAGCUCUCGCGAGCCGGCUCCGGGGACCCCGACGAACACAGGUACAGGAGGACGCACGGGCACGGCGACGACGAGGUGCCACACCGUCGCGAGGAUUUGCCCAGAAGCAGGCCGGCUUCGGUCAGGACAAACAGAGGAGGGCUCUAGCAGUUUACUAGCUGCUGCCACAUGGCAAUACCAGAGAUGGUUUUUUUUUUUCAUUGCGAAUAGCAGAGAGGCGGUUUCUUGAUCUCCUAAUAUUGUUGUUGCUACUUCAACUUCCGCACUUACAUGGUGCAGAUUCUUCAUUGUUGGGUUGGUAAUGUACAUACACAAAUGGGCAAGUAAUAGUUAUUCCAUUCCGAUUUUAGACCCAGCAGAGAGCACAAAUAGAGAAGAAAGAAACAUAAGCAUAUAGUUGAGCUUUUGCAGUUAUA